AUGCUCCAGGCCAUGGGCUGGAAAGAGGGCAGUGGCUUAGGUUGCAAGAAGCAGGGCAUUGUAACACCCAUUGAGGCCCAAACACGGGUGUGUGGCUCCGGCCUGGGUGCCCGGAGCAGCUCCUAUGGGGUCACCUCAACCGAGUCCUACAAGGAGACACUGCACAAGACAGUGGGGACCCGCUUCAACAAGGCCCAGUGGUUCCCUGGUCCCGCUGGGUGUCAGCUGCUGAUUCGCAAGACCGCAUUCAGCUGUGGGCUUGACUCAACGGAUCCAGAGAGGAAGCUGAAGCCACUAGGCUUCCAACAGCCUAAGUCUUGUAGCUGCUACAGCAUCACUCCCUCCGUGUUCUACCAGUGUUCCACCAGGUUUGGGAUGACCACUCCGGCGACAGUGGGAGGGAAAGCCUUCCUGAUCUUCUACGGCCUGGUCGGGUGCUCAAGCUCCAUCCUGUUCUUCAACCUCUUCCUGGAGCGCCUCAUCACCGUCAUCGCCUGUGUCAUGAAGGCGUGCCACCAGCGGCAGCUGCGGAGACACAGUACCCAGCCCCCAGGGGAGCCAGGGCGGCGUGAGAUGGACAGCUUGGCCGGCUGGAAGCCCUCGGUGUACUGCGUUGUGCUGAUCCUGUGCAUGGCCUCCAUCCUCCUCUCCUGCUGUGCCUCGGCCCUAUACGCCCACGUCGAGGGCUGGAGCUACUUUGAUGCGCUCUACUUCUGCUUCGUGGCCUUCAGCACCAUUGGCUUUGGGGACCUGGUCAGCAGCCAGAACGCCCAGUAUGACAGCCAGGGCCUCUACCGCCUGGCCAAUUUUGUCUUCAUCCUCACAGGUGUCUGCUGCCUCUACUCCUUGUUCAACGUCCUCUCCAUCCUCAUCAAGCAGUCCGUCAACUGGAUCCUGCGGAGACUGGACAAUGGAUGCUGCCAGCGGUGGCAAUGGGGACUUCUGCUGCCACGCAGGAACGCGGUGACACCAGGCAGUGUCCGCCAGCGUGGCACCAUCUCCAUCGAGACAGAUGGGGCGGUGGAGAGCGACAUGGACAACCGCCACCUCUCGGGGGAGAUGACCUCCAUGAAGGACUUGCCAGCUGUUCUGCAAAAGCAGCUAUCGGAGAUGGCCAAUGGCUGUCCCCACCAGGCCAGCCCGCUGGCCCAGGACGAUGAGUUCUCAGGGGGUGUAGGAGCCUUUGCGAUCAUGAACAACAGGCUGGCAGAGACGAGUGGGGACAGGUAG